AUGGCGCCCUCUGCUCCCCACAUCUCUAGCCAGUUGAGGCAAUUGAUAUACUAUCAUCUCGAUAAUAACCUCAUCCGCAACGCCCUCUUCCUCGCCGGCCGUCUCCAUGCUUUUGAGCCCCGGUCUUCUGAGGCCUCCUUCCUCCUCGCCCUUUGCCACCUCCAGAGCGGCCAGCCAAAGGCUGCUUGGGAAUACAGCAGGAAUUCUGGGUCCAGAGGGACGCAUUCUGGGUGUUCGUACGUCUAUGCUCAAGCAUGUCUGGACUUGGGCAAGUACAUUGAAGGGAUUACUGCAUUGGAGCGGAGUAGGGGUCUGUGGGCUUCCAAGAAUACCUGGAAUAAACAUAGCGAAACAAGACGACAGCAUCUCCCUGAUGCUGCAGCAUGUCUUUGCCUACAAGGAAAGUUGUGGCACGCCCACCAGGAUCUGCAUAAGGCGGUCGAUUGCUAUGUUGAGGCUUUAAAACUAAACCCUUUCCUUUGGGAUGCAUUUCUCGGUCUCUGCCAAACAGGUGCCAAUGUACGGAUCCCCAACAUCUAUAAGAUAUCUCCAGAAAUGUUGGCAAUGCUUCCGUCCUCGCCUGCGGGCGAAAGUCUUCCAGUUUUCGAGAAGGUUGCACAAACAAACGGCCCCUUGCAGGUUCAGCCAAAUAUUAACCAUAACUUGGAUCCGUUCGCUUCGUUUAAUGCUCGUACUGAUGCCGCGAAUGGUUCCUCCGCGCUUUGGGAAAAACUAAAUGGCAGCAAUGUUGUUUCGAUCAAUGCCCCGGCUCCUGAAGGUCUGGAAACUCCCAUUGCACAAAGCGAUUCGGACGAAUUUCGAGGCGGUGGUGGUGGUGUGGCUUCUGGUGAACAGACUUGGGAUCCCCCUCUUGCACCUGCCAGGAAGAAUAAAACCAUACAGACCCUGAGUCUGGAUUAUGGUGCCGAUCCCCCACCUAAAAUGAAAGCGACAAUCAAACCCCGAAGUAAGGCUAAGGUGGACUCAGAGGAUCCGAACCCCGUUAUUGUCUCUAGGGAAACUGCCCCGCCUGCAUAUGGGAGCGAACGGAAAAGGACAGUAUCCGGUCAGGUUGCCCACCCAACAAGCUCACAACCCCCUGAGCCAGGAGCUCCACAGCGACGAAGUGUACGGCUGUUUAACCAAAUCCGCCCAACCAGCAGCAAAUUUUCAACAACUUCUGCGGCGUUCGGAGCGCGGGAAGGUCGGGAGAUCAAAAAGGUGAAGUCUACAGGUGCGAAAUCUCGGAGCGCUUCUGGGUCGACCUCGACGAUGGGCCGAGUGGUGAGCGGUAAUCGAAAGGCAGCUCCAGAUGGAAUGGACAUCGACAGUAAAGAGAGUCGAGGAGUUCCCGUUUCUGCGGUUCCGAAUGGUGUGGCCGGUGGACAAUCGAAGAGCUCCGUGCUGGACAAAUCCAAGGACAUCGAAGCGCUUAACUGGGUCUUGGAUCUUUUUUCAAAGCUUGCCGAAGGUCACGCAGCGCUUACGACAUAUAAGUGCCAAGAGGCAAUACAAAUAUUCAACACACUCCCGCAAAGCCAGCGGGAAACACCUUGGGUUCUGUCACAGAUUGGCCGAGCGAAUUACGAGCAAGGUUUAUAUGCAGAAGCUGAAAAAUAUUUCAUUCGUGUUAAAACUAUCGCACCGUCGAGGUUGGAGGAUAUGGAAGUUUAUUCUACAGUUUUAUGGCAUUUGAAAAAUGAAGUAGAAUUGGCAUACCUGGCACACGAACUGAUGGAGAUAGACCGACUCUCGCCGCAAGCCUGGUGUGCCAUAGGUAACUCCUUCUCUUUGCAAUCUGACCAUGACCAGGCGCUCAAGUGCUUCAAACGGGCAACGCAAUUGGAUCACACUUUUGCCUACGCCUUCACCUUGCAAGGCCAUGAGCACGUCUCGAAUGAAGAAUAUGAUAAGGCGUUGGAUGCAUACAGACAUGGAAUCAGCGCUGACAGCAGACAUUAUAAUGCAUGGUACGGUAUUGGCAAAGUAUAUGAGAAAAUGGGUAAAUAUAAGUUUGCGGAACAGCACUAUCGAACAGCGUCCAAUAUCAACCCGACCAACGCGGUGUUGGUGUGGUGUAUUGGUCUGGUGCUGGAGAGGAUGGGCAAUCAAAAGGCGGCAUUGCUUCAGUACGGGCGAGCCUGUACACUUGCGCCCCAGUCAGUUCUUGCUCGACUGCGCAAGGCGCGGGUUUUAAUGAAGCUUAAUGAGCUCAAACUUGCACAUGUGGAACUCAAGAUUCUGAAGGAUCUUGCACCUGAUGAACCGAAUGUACAUUACCUGCUGGGAAAGUUGUAUAAAAUGCUCCAUGACAAGGCCAAUGCGAUCAAGCAUUUCACGACGGCCUUGAAUUUGGAUCCAAAGGCUGCUCAGUUUAUCAAGGAUGCGAUGGAAUCGUUGGAGAAUCCCGAAGACGAUGAUGAAGAUAUGGGAUGA